AUGGGCGGAUCGACGACAACAAGUGGCGCGAAAGCCCAAAAGACGGAGGCGGCCCCGAGCCCCUCCCUGGCGGACCUCUUCGAGGUCCAGCGUCUGUUCGACUUCGUCCCGCCCUCCGCCGCCGUCGAGCUCGCCGCCACCUGCUGGGACGGGCUUGUCGCGGUGCUGCGGUACGGCUGUGGAUACGAGGGCGUGACGGACUGGUGGGCGCACGACGGCUACGACCGCUGGUCCGACGAGAGCAAGCACCGUGUGGCCGUGCGGCGCGUGGUGCUCGGCGGGGCACUGCUGCGCGGGCUGGCAGGUCACAUGGAGGGGGUGUCGCGGUGCGUGGGGCGGCUGGAGGUGGCGGGGGCGCACUUCCCCGCGGAGGACGCUCGGGCGAUGAGCGAGGCGGCCGACGCGGCGGGCGUGGUGGGGUCGGUGUCGGACGGCCCCGACGAGCAGAUUGCAGCAUUGGAGCGUCUGGUGCGGGCCGGGGGCGCGCGGCUGCGCGUGGUGAAGGUGUGCGUGUCGGACAAGAACGCUCCUGGGGCGCUGGACUGGAGCUCGAAGGACGGCAUCUUCAACGUCGACCUGUUCUUCGACAUGCUGGGAAUGCGUGCGGUGCGCGACCACGUGGAGACGUUCUCGGUGACCAACACCAUGGCGGUCUGCGCGGAGAUCGAGGGCAUGCUGACGGCGCUGUGUGGUGCGAGCGCUCUGCGCAUGCUGCGAUUGCGCGGUGCUGGAACGGCCGGGUCGUCUUCACAGAUGUUGAGUGGAGAUUCCUCCCGGGUGCUGUCGCGGCUCGUGCGCGGCUGCGGGACGCUGGAAGUGCUGGAGCUCCUGGAGCUCGGGCUGCCCUGGGACGGCGCAGAGCAGUUGGUGGACGCCGUGAGGUCGCGGAGCGCCACCCUGCAGAAAGUGCGCCUGGGCCCCUGCGGUGAGGCUGACUUCGAGAUCGCACGGCAGCUGUCGAAAUCCAGCUUGAACGGAACUCCCGAGCUCGACCUGGCGUUCUCGGGCCUCAUUACUACCAAGGACCUGGGGGAUGUCGCCGGAAUGCUCACAACAUCUGCCGCCAACAACUUGGCCGCGCUCCGCCUGGAGUACAUGGAGUUCAGCGAGAAAAGGGCACGCGACUUCACGCAGCUGGAGAAGCUGCUGUGCGCCUGCUCGGUCCUGCGCAAGCUCAUCCUGCGCCAUACUGACGCAGGGGUGUGGUCGGCGAUUCGGCGCGCUGCCAAGGGCCCGCUGCCGCUCGAGGUGCUGCACGCGGAGGAGGACGAAGUCGACGACGAGGCAGCGGAGGUCGUCGCAGAGGUGCUUGCGGCCAGCACGACGCUCCGCGAGGUCAGGAUUCGGUACAAGUUUGAAGGCUACAACAACUACAGCCUGCCGGGCAGGAGGCAGGACGUGGUGCGCAAGCUGGCGGCGGCGGUCCGUGACAGCCGGAGUCUGCGCACGCUGGACAUCGACUACAACCACCGCGACGCCGCUGCGCUCGCGCGGGCCCUGGUGCAGAACACGUCGGUGCGCAAUCUCAUCUUGGAGCGCCGCGAUGGCAGCGAGAACGACUGUCCGGCUCCGACGGUGUUCCACAACCUGCUGACGCGCAACACGACGCUGGAGGUCCUCAGGAUCGAAGUCGCGCACUCUUCGAUGCUCGAGCAGCUCACCAUUGGCCCGAGGGCAAACAGGUCUCUCCGCGUCUUGGAGAUCUCCGGUUCCUUCGCGACGCAGGUCUCCGAGGAAUACUCAGUCCAGGUCGUCAUACUGGUUGACCAGCUGCUCGAGAACAACAACACCCUGAAGGUGCUGGGACUCGACCUGGAGGUUGAGCCCGCAGUUUUGAGGGCUCUUGGCCGCGUCCUGGCCCGCAACCAGGGGCUCGAAGUCCUGCGCGUCGGAGCUUUCCGAUCUACGCAUGGUGACAGCCUCGACUACAGCGCCAGGACCUUCGCGCGGGGCCUGUCGUCGAACAGCACACUGCGCGAGCUGCAGCUGGCCGGCAAGUUCACGGCGGUCGGCCUGCGGGCCCUGCGCGACGCUCUGGCGGACCGGCCGGGCGCGUUCAGGCUCGCGCUGACCCUGCAACCAGCCGACGCGCCCCCCGACCUGAUCGAGGAGGUGCGCAGCGCGUGUGCGCACGUCACCAUCAACAUCGAAGACAGCGCCUGA